AAUGGGACCAUACCUUAGUUAACCUAAUAAAAACAAAUCAACCACCAGUGGUGAAGGAAAGAGCAUUAUUUUUGCUGCUUCUGAAAUGCAAGGUAUAAUUGAUAUAUAAUUUAAAAGGCUGGAGAAAUACAAUGGAAGAUGCUCACAUUCAUGUAUGUGACUUAUAACCAGAUCUUUCAAUCUUUGGUGUCUUUGAUGGCCAUGGAGGCAAAGAAGUUGCCAUUUUCGUAGAGAGACACUUUAUUGAAGAACUUUAAAAGAAUAAAAAUUUUAAAGAUCAAAAGUUUGAAGAUGCUCUUAGAGAGACUUUCUUAAAAAUGGAUGAGCUUUUGCUUACUCCAGAAGGUCAAAAGGAAAUUAAUUCAAUCAAAGGUGGAGAUGAUGAUGGUAAAUAUUUAUUAAUAAUUAUUUAAACAGUUUCUUAUGCAGGGUGCACUGCCAAUGUUGCCCUAUUUUAUAAGAACACACUCUAUGUUGCUAAUGCAGGUGAUUCUAGAUCUGUAUUAUGCAGAGAAAACAAAAAUUAUGAUAUGAGUGUUGAUCAUAAACCUGACAAUUAUGAAGAAAAAUAAAGAAUUGAAAGAGCUGGUGGUUUUGUAUCUGAUGGAAGAGUCAAUGGUAAUUAAUGUUUAAAUAUUCUUAGGUAAUCUAAAUCUAUCUCGUGCUUUGGGAGAUUUAGAAUAUAAGAGAGACAGCAAAUUAAGAUCAAAUGAGUAAUUGAUCAUUGCUCUACCAGAUAUCAAAAAGGUGGAAUUAAUUCCAUAAGACAAGUAACAUUUUUAUUUCUAUAAUAGAUUCCUUUUGAUGGGAUGUGAUGGUGUAUUUGAGACACUUGAUCAUGCAGAUUUACUCAAGUUUAUCAACUAAAAACUUGGUAACCAAGCAGUUACUCCAUAAUUGUUAGGAAGAGUAGCUGAAGAUUUGUUAGAUAAUUUGAUUGCUCCAGACACCUCAGGUACUAUAAAUAAUUUAUUUUAGUCGGAACUGGAUGUGACAAUAUGACAACCUUAAUCAUUUAUCUUAAAGGAAAAUGAAC